GUUGGAGGGAGUUUCGCUCCUCUCUUCCAUUGCUAGACACAAGUUGAAGCUUGCCAAGAGGUAAGGCAGACGGAAAUAGUCCGAAAAUGCCUCCCAUCGACAAUGACACCGGGAGGAAUCAACUAAAGUCUCGGAUACAGGAGCUUAUUGAUUCUAAUCAAGUGUUGGUAUUCAGUAAAAGCCACUGUCCAUUUUGUGUGAAGGUAAGUCCAACAUAUGCGUUUACUUUUUGUCUAACUGGCUAGCUAGCUUCUUUUGUCCUACUUAUUUCUCCCGCGAGUAAGUUAGGCACAUUCUCCCGCAAGUAACGGUAAUUGGCUGCAUGUAGAGGUCUUCACUGGUCCACCCAAUCGGGUCUGGUCUAGACCCGGACCUGUUAGGAUACGGGUCGGGCCUAGGGAGGAUUGUCCUGGGUCCAUAACUAGGUAGAUAUCUUGGGCUAACGUUAGAAAACUUAACUAACUUUUAGUUGUCUUUACUACUAACUAGUGUUUUAGCUUUCCAUGAAAAAAUGUAUUGACUGAGGCGCCGCUUAUCUCCCUGUUACGUUGUUGUGUAACGUUACGCAGAACUAGCUGGAUGACUACCACGCUGGCUAGCGAGUUACAUCGCUGGUAAUAGCCCUAUAAAUAGAUAAUACCGCGAAGAUAAAACAACGGGGUUCAAGCAGCAUACAUCUUUUUCUUUCCAGGUGAAGGAUCUGUUCAAGGAGCUGAACGUGAACUGCAAUGUAGUGGAGUUGGAUUUAAUUGGUAAGGAGUUGUUCCCAGGACUUGUCAAGCUUCUUUAUUGGAAGACGGGUGUACUCAGCACUGUCUUUUCUCAAUUUAUGCCAGUCACACCACAUUACGUUUACAUUUAAGUCAUUUAGCAGACGCUCUUAUCCAGAGCGACUUACAAAUUGUGUAGUUGUCUUUGAUCGGUAUGAUCAAAAUUGUACCAACUUGGUCUGUUAUUGUGACUGUAAUACCGCCACACCGGUAGUCACGACUCAUGACUGCAGUUGAGUCACGGUAACUAGGCUUCUCCAACUGCGCUCUGAUGCCGCUGAUGUACAUUAGUAGCCUUCCAAACUUGCCUGGUACUCCGCACUCUAUUGUCCCUCCAAUCACUCUGACAUCAAUGCAAAUUAAAUCGAAAGUGAAAUAAGUCUAUGUUGCGCAACAUUUCUAUAGGCUAUGCAAUUGCUUGAGGAAAUAGUUUUGAUGGCUCUAUUAAAAAGAGGAAGAGCCGAUCAGCUUUCUAUAGGCUAGGCCUGCUAUUUUAUUUAUUUAUUUUACCGUUAUUUAACUAGGCAAGUCAGUUAAGAACAAAUUAUUAUUUACAAUGACGGCCUACACUGGCCAAACCCAGACGACGCUGGGCCAAUUGUGGACCAUUCGCUAUUCCCGUGUAGCUCAGUUGGUAGAGCAUGGCGUUUGCAACGCCAGGGUUGUGGGUUCGUUUCCCACGGGGGACCAGUAUGAAAAAAAAAAAAUUAUGCACUCACUAACUGUAAAUUGCUCUGGAUAAGAGCUUCUGCUAAAUGACUAAAAUGGAUGAACCCCCCCCCCCCCCUUCUGACAGGUGCAUGAUAUUGGCCCAUUCUAAAUUCACACAUCUUAUUUACUAUAUGUAAAUAAAAUAAAUAAAUGAAGAAUAGCCGGAUGGGUGUGCUAUUCAAGUGCAUACGGAUGAAGUCUCCCCCCCAGCCAUUUGAUCUCUCACCAGUCACAGCUGUUCUGGUAUAAAUACACACUGUGCAUGGAAUAACUAUUGCUCUGGCAAAUACACUUAGAAAAGAUUUCCAGUACUGAAUUAUGCAAUUUAUUUAAACACACUGUGUUUGUUUGCAGAACCAAAGUACAUUUACAUUAUAGACUGCACAGGCUGUCAGCACUUAGAAUUGAAGUCGAUGGUGUAUGAAUGCAUGUCAUGUAUAUGACUCUAGUGUACAUGUCAAAGAUAUGAAAGGAACAGUAGGAUUAAUGAUUAAUUUCAUAUAAAUGUAGCUGCUACUCUGCUAACAUCUCUUAACGGUUGUGUCUAGAGGAUGGAUCAAACUAUCAAGAACUGCUGCUUGAGAUGACCGGACAGAAAACUGUCCCCAAUGUCUUCAUCAACAAGACACACGUCGGUGGCUGUGACAAAACAAUGAAGGUAUGGAUCGGUGUAGCUGCUUUCAUGAACCACAGAUCAUUCUCAAUUCACUCGUGGUUUUGCAAAUGCCACCGCUUUUAGAAUCUUGGGCUUAUCCUGUCUUGAGAUUCAAGCAUGCAUCAAACUUAGGCUAAAAUCUCAGGUUGUGGCAAUGAAAGAUAUCUUUGCGUUUGAUGUCAUAGGUUCCCCUUUCAUUUUAGCAUGUGGUAAAUGAUGCCCACCGCAGGCUUUAAUUGUGUCGCAAUAUUACGAAAGAGAGUCUUUGUCCGUUUUGCCAGAAACAAGGGUUGAGUGAAUCUAUUUGGGUCAAGUGUGGUUAAGCCAAUUUACAUCAAAAUGCACUCCAUUUGUCUUUUUACAUCAAAAUGGCUCCUUAAGAACACCCACACCUAGAGUAUUCUCUUCCCUCUACACUGAGCUGCAAUUAGCUAAUGAUACACUUUUUUUUGCCUGGUCAUGCUUUGCAUAAUCUAGCACUUUGUCAGCAUGACACAAUAGCGUAUAUUUCACUUGAAACACAUUCUCCUGAUGUAUUAUAAUCCUGACAAUAUCACCAUGUGUUCUGUCUCUUGCCCUUUUCUAGCAAAUGCUGGUUAAUUUCCAUCAUGUGGCACGGAGAACAUCCCUCCGGCAUGAAUGGUGUCAGCGUCGCUGUUGAAUGUAGAAUACCCUUUUUACAUUUUAGUCAUUUAGCAGGCACUCUUAUCCAGAGCGACUUACAGGAGCAAUUAGUGCCUUGCUCAAGGGUACAUAGACAUAUUUUUUCCCCCCCGCACUUAAUCGGCUCAGGGAUUAUAACCAGCGACCUUUCGGUUACUGGCCCAACGUUCUUAAUUGCUAGGCUACCUGCCGCCUCUCAUAGCCAUGCACACUUUUCAGUAAGCACCAUUUUUGGGAUCAUAAAUUAGCAUGCUGGUGUCCUUACUGUAUUACACUUGUCUAUUUCCCACCAGAAGCAGACCUUUUUUUGUGCCCUUUUAAGACUGCUGGGUUAAUAUUGUUUUCACCAUGGUAUCUGACCACCUGUCGUCAUCCUCUUCUCAGGCCCACAAAGAUGGUGUCCUGCAGCAACUGCUGUGCGGGGAGAAUGAGGUCUACGACUACGACCUCAUCGUCAUCGGGGGCGGCUCGGGAGGCCUGGCCUGCUCAAAGGUAAGAGCCUCCCAGAUAACGCGUUUAAAAUCAACCUUGCCUCCAGACCUGCACCUUUCUAGUGUAGUAUUGAGGCCCAUGAAGGAAGGCUGUAGUCCAGUCUAUCAUGGCCUCUGUCUGAGAACGUUACUAGCUGUACAAUCCUUGCGUCCUCUGUCCUUGUUUCCUCAAUUCCUCUCAAAGCGCAUUGGAGGAGAGGACCCAAGCUCCCUCUAAAGAGCUUGGAGAUGAAGUUAGGAUGGGAAAAAGCAAAGACAUGACAGCUAGUAACGUUUUCAGACAGCCAUGGUGAGUAUUUCAGAUGGCUCGUCAUCGCAGCAAUACAACUAAAGCAUACAAGCUGAGCUAGUUGACCAGUGGUUGUCUUAAUCAAGUUGUCUAAAUGGCUGUCUGCCCUCUUGUGCUUCUCCUGGGACAGGAGGCAGCGUUGCUGGGCAAGAAGGUGAUGGUGUUGGACUAUGUGGUGCCCACGCCGAAAGGGAACACAUGGGGUGAGUAUGGCUUCACGUGUCACACUCUUCUUCGAUGGACAUUGAUGAGUUGAGUCACGUGCGUCUCCUCGACUGAACUGGUAGUUAUUUGUGGUUGUUUCAGACAUCCUCUUACAGCACACUGCUGCAGGCCCACCGAAGCACAAAUCAAAAUAGCUUGCAGAAUACUGCUGUUAUCAGUAGCAACAUGUCUGCAUGUGUCAAUGUGGAUCCAAAUGAAAUCUCCAAAUGUGUGAUUCUGUAUGUGUCUUUGGCUCGGGACAGGCCUGGGCGGCACAUGCGUGAACGUGGGCUGCAUCCCCAAGAAGCUGAUGCACCAGACGGCCCUGCUAGGGACUUCCAUGCAGGACGCCCGCAAGUUUGGGUGGGAGUUGCCCGAGGAGACAGGUAACGUCUGGGUCAGCGGUUUAGGUUCUAAUAUCCAUUUUAGUCACUUGGAAUGCAUGCCUAACACUAGGAGCGGGCAUGAGUACUCGAACGGACAUUAAAACUCGAUCUCUAACCAGCGAUAAACAAAAAACAUUUCAAGUACUGUAAAACUAUUUGGUGGAGUGUGCUUUGUGGCUUGUCCUGAAAAUGAUAUUGUCUUGAAGACGACGUUAAUUUGCUUUGACUCUAGUGUUCCAAUUGUACAUGUGCAUUUGCGGAACACAACAAAAAAGAAACCAAGGCAAGCAUCACAGUUCUUCUCCGUUAGGACUGCUCCCUCUACACACGCAUGCAGAGUUUGAACACAAUCUCCCAUUAGGCCUACAGAAAUAAUAAUAAAUGCCUAUUAAAAAUGGAGGGCAUAAAACAAAUGCCUCUAACUGGUGGGAUACACAAGCUACAUUCCUUGCCAAAUAACGACAGUUUCCAACAACGAGCUGCAGUUUUGGAAUAAUUCCAGCCGGUCUAUUUUCCACUUAGGCUAAUUUGAGAACUGCUAGUGCCAUUUAGAAUUGGUUAGCCUAGGCUAUAACCCCUAAACAUAGACAGAUUCCACGCUGAAAAUAUGUAAAAUCACAAGUUUGAUUAAGAAAGUGUAUUUUCAUCAGAAUCAUUAAGCCUAGGCCUACUGACCAAACCGAUGAUGUGGCCGUAAUUCAUCACCAUACAGUGUUCAAUGUGGAGUUAUUAAUCCAUUUAGAACAUUCCAAAGAACAGGCAGAUUAACUAAAUUGUAUGUCUGUACGCCUAUAUCGAAAGGAAGACCAGAUUUUGUUUUGUAACCAUGAAGAAAUUGUCUUUCAACGCACCAAACUAAGCCCCGUUUCAAGUGAUCAGUCUUUGAGAAUACAGUGAGGGGAAAAAAAGUAUUUGAUCCCUUGCUGAUUUUGUACGUUUGCCCACUGACAAAGAAAUUAUCAGUCUAUAAUUUUAAUGAUAGGUUUAUUUGAACAGUGAGAGACAGAAUAACAACACAAAAUCCAGAAAAACGCAUGGGAAAAAUGUAAUAAAUUGAUUUGCAUUUUAAUGAGGAAAUAAGUAUUUGACCCCCUCUCAAUCAGAAAGAUUUCUGGCUCCCAGGUGUCUUUUAUACAGGUAACGAGCUGAGAUUAGGAGCACACUCUUAAAGGGAGUGCUCCUAAUCUCAGCUUGUUACCUGUAUAAAAGACACCUGUCCACAGAAGCAAUCAAUCAAUCAGAUUCAAACUCUCCACCAUGGCCAAGACCAAAGAGCUCUCCAAGGAUGUCAGGGACAAGAUUGUAGACCUACACAAGGCUGGAAUGGGCUACAAGACCAUCGCCAAGCAGCUUGGUCAGAAGGUGACAACAGUUGGUGCGAUUAUUCACAAAUGGAAGAAACACAAAAGAACUGUCAAUCUCCCUCGGCCUGGGGCUCCAUGCAAGAUCUCACCUCGUGGAGUUGCAAUGAUCAUGAGAACGGUGAGGAAUCAGCCCAGAACUACACAGGAGGAUCUUGUCAAUGAUCUCAAGGCAGCUGGGACCAUAGUCACUAAGAAAACAAUUGGUAACACACUACGCCGUGAAGGACUGAAAUCCCUCAGCGCCCGCAAGGUCCCCCUGCUCAAGAAAGCACAUAUGAAGUUUGCCAAUGAACAUCUGAAUGAUUCGGAGGAGAACUGGGUGAAAGUGUUGUGGUCAGAUGAGACCAAAAUCGAGCUCUUUGGCAUCAACUCAACUCGCCGUGUUUGGAGGAGGAGGAAUGCUGCCUAUGACCCCAAGAACACCAUCCCCACCGUCAAACAUGGAGGUGGAAACAUUAUGCUUUGGGGGUGUUUUUCUGCUAAGAGGACAGUACAACUUCACUGCAUCAAAGGGACGAUGGACGGGGCCAUGUACCGUCAAAUCUUGGGUGAGAACCUCCUUCUAUUCAAGCAUGACAAUGACCCACAACACACGGCCAAGGCAACAAAGGAGUGGCUCAAGAAGAAGCACAUUAAGGUCCUGGAGUGGCCUAGCCAGUCUCCAGACCUUAAUCCCAUAGAAAAUCUGUAGAGGGAGCUGAAGGUUCGAGUUGCCAAACGUCAGCCUCGAAAUCUUAAUUACUUGGAGAAGAUCUGCAAAGAGGAGUGGUGGCCAACUACAAGAAACGUCUAACCUCUGUGAUUGCCAACAAGGGUUUUGCCUCCAAGUACUAUGUCAUGUUUUGCGGAGGGGUCAAAUACUUAUUUCCCUCAUUAAAAUGCAAAUCAAUUUAUAACAUUUUUUACAUGCGUUUUUCAGGAUUUUUUGUUGUUAUUCUGUUUCUCACUGUUCAAAUAAACCUACCAUUAAAAUUAUAGACUGAUCAUUUCUUUGUUAGUGGGCAAACGUACAAAAUCAGCAGGGGAUCAAAUACUUUUUUCACUCACUGUAACUGUUCUAGACGCGCAUCACUUCGCACUGGCAACUUUUUCAUUUGGAAAAAUAUUCUGCUAUAUUUCAUGUUUUUUUCUAUUAACAGUGGAGGCUGCUGAGGGGUGGACGGCUCAUAAUAUGGCUGGAACGGCACUAAUGGAAUGGCAUCAAACGCAUGGAAACCAUGUAUUUGAUACCAUUACGCUCCAGCUAUUACAACAAGCCUGUCCUCCCCAAUUAUCGUGCCACCAACCUCCUGUGUUGCUAUGUAAUAGGUGUCUUGACUGUGAUAAGGGCUUGGAAAAUAAGAGUGUCUUGUCUGCUAAAUUAACCAAGCAAGGCUAUGCCAUUGCACAGCCACAGGCUUCUACAAGCAAGCGCCACUGCUGAGGUUACAGCCUUUCGGAAGAUUGUGUUCCACAAUAUAAUAUAACCAGUUCAUAUUAUGGUUUCAAUAAAUGAAUCUUAAAGGGCACUUGCUUUUUUAUGGACUCAAUAUACAGUAUAUGAGGCAAUUUAGCAAUGAAGAUGUGUUAUAGCUAAUGGUUAUGAUAAAUGAGGCAUUGUUGUGUACUGUUGGCAUAUAGAUAAAUGGCCAAAAGUAUUUUCUUCCAGUGCAGGUCUUGCCCUUGUGUUCUAAAGUAGAUACUUUUUCUCCCCAUUCCGAGUACUCUGAAUUUUUUGGGGGUGAGUACUCGAACAUUCAAAUGCCCAUCUCUACCCAACACAUGAACUCAACCAAAGUAGUAAGGAUAUUGGAGCAGAGCCAUGGCCAGUGCUAGGAAUGAAACAUGAGAAGGUAUAAGUCACUUUUUGAUUUGAAAACAUUAUUGUUUAAGCCCUCUUCGUGAGCCUGAGGUAACCGAAGGUCAUGGAAAUGUCAAUGUUACAUUUCCAGGGGAGUACUUUUGCAGUAAUGGUAGUAAACAACUAAAGACUUGUGUGGUCAUUGUUGACUUUGUAAUUCUCAUCUGGUUCUUAGUGAAGCACAACUGGGAGACGAUGAAGACGGCGGUGAACAACUACAUUGGCUCGUUGAACUGGGGCUACCGGGUGGCGCUGCGCGACAAGAACGUCAACUACGUCAACUCCUAUGCUGAGUUCAUCGAGUCGCACAAAAUCAAGGUUGGUCGGCGCUUCGUGAGUUUACAAGCAGAUGUUUGACCACAGUUAUUAAUGCUUUAUAAUGAAUUGACUGCCUUCCAUUUUACCCGUUUAGAAGGCAGUCAAUUCGGUGUGAAAAUGGAUGUGAACUGUUUUAGAUGCACAGCACAUGAUGUAUUCUCAAACUGGAUAGUAACUAGCUUUGUUAGUUCCUUGGCUUAAACUAAUCCCAAAGAUAUUUAAUGGCUCUGUACACUUCACAGCACUUAGUAAAGCAGCUAUUGUCUCUCCCAUGGGAGGUUCUAAACCGCACACCCUUGACUUGACGCAUUGAUUCUUGCUAACCACACUCAACAAAUGAGAUGAGGCUAAGUGUUGGUUUUAAUGGAAAUUAUUUAGUGUGUACGAGAGUAAAAUAAAUCUGUGAAGAAUGUUUGACACCCUACUUACCCCCUCCACCCACCAGGCGACCAACAAGCGAGGGAAGGAGACCUUCCAUACGGCCGCAAAGUUUAUCCUGGCGACGGGCGAGAGGCCACGUUACCUGGGCAUCCCCGGAGACAAAGAGUACUGCAUCACCAGGUGAGUCCUUCCCCUCCUCCUUCCCUCCCAGCACACAGCAGGCAUUAUUUAACCCGCAAUCCAAUUACACUGCCGUUCAGCCAGGGGAAAGCCCUCGUUAUUCAAUCACCACAAUAGAGACAAACACACUGAAGGGUUGUAUUCUGUAGUGCACACCGUGGCGAAACCUUUUGCAACAAAUGGAAAAACAAGCAUUUCUAAUUGGACAAGAUCAGGUAAUCCCUCCCUGUUUGUCUGUGUCCUUCCAUUUGGAGCCUAGUGAAUAUGACCCAGCUCUACCAAGACUGUACAGAUUAAAGCAUUUGUCUGUAAUGCUGACUCAUGUAACAUGUGGAUGGGUAUAAGGGAUGUGGAACAUUGUAGCUGAGUUUGCGCUCUGACACACACAUGCACACACACACACACACACACACACUUUGCAAGUAAGCUCACUUUUCUCAUUUCCACCACAGGAAGCCUUGUAUCUCAGGGUACUCAUUUAGUAAGACUAUAAUCUCCCACCAGCCUAAACACAGGUUUCCUAGAAGAUUACCCCCUGCUGCUGUAGACUGGUGUGUUGUUAUCAUAGGAACAGACCCUGGUAGCCAUCUCUGUACCAUUUGAAGCAGGUUCUAUGUCUAAUGGUUGUAUUGUGACUAUGGCUGUCCCUGACUAAAACAAAUCUUGGUUGACCAAGAGUCAUCUGUUCUUUUGACCAAUCGAUUGGUCGACAUUUUAAAAAUGUGUUUUAAUCAAAUCAACUAUCUGCACUGAGCUUGUCUGAUGCUAUAAGCGAACUGUUUGAUGAAAUUAAGACACAAAUGACUAGGAGUCCGACCGCAAUUGAUUUGAUUGUGCUCAGACUUGCUGUGUUAAAAAAAAAAGACAGCAAGUGACUGUGUGACUAGCACCUGUUUUCUCCCUGUCCUCCCUGCUGCAGCGACCACCACAGAACAUUAACAGUUUAUUUCGCUGCUCUCUUUACGUGACACGUAUGCGUCGCAUGCACGUUGUAUACACGUGACCAAUAGGGCCUGACCUAUAGCAUAUCAUAAUUACAUCAAUAAAUUGGUUAUAACAAACCCUUAACACUAACGCGUGACAGCAAAAUGGAGGACGUGACAAAUAAACUCAAAACGGGGGAAUGUUUACUGGUUGCUCAGGAGGUAAAGGGGAAAGUCAGACGUGUAGAAUACAUUUGACUAGUUGUGGAAAAUACUGGAGAUCAAGAAAAAUAAGGUGAGUAGCCAGCGCUGCGUGCAUAUUAUGUGUGCCAAACAGGUGCUGUUAGAUUACAAUAAAUGUCUGACCAUUUGUUCCAAUGUAAACAACUCUAAAUUAUAAGCGUGCCAGAGAGUUUGUAACACCUUUAUUACAGCAAAGACUAAAAACAGUCGCAUUAAUUAGUGAACGCAAUUUCCGAAAUGGAACGGUUUAGGCCUAUUUAUUGUUAAUGCUAAUUAUUAAAUGGUCGCUUUGUUAUUUUAAAACUAAAAUGCUUGAUUGCAUUUCAAAUCAUGAAUGACUCGUGUGAUGACAUGAACGAAUAAGUGAUUGAUACAGUAGCCUAUAUACUGUAAGUAUUGAAAUAUAGGCCUAAGUAAGUUACGGCAUUAAGACUAAAGAGGAUGCGCUCUUAGGCCUACAGUUCGAUGGUGGUUAUGCAAGGCUGCUAUACUAAGCCUACUAAUUACAUUACUUAUUAUGAUGAAAACAACAAGAUCAAGGAAAAAGGAGGGUUUUUAUUAAUAAUAAUAAUAAUAAUAAUAAUAAUAAUAUUAUAAAUAUAAUUUUGUAAACAACACAAAAUAAAUAAUAAAGAAGAGACUGGUCUAACGAGGAAAAAAAGUGUAAAGCCUUUAUUACAGCAUAGCAAAGAUUAAAAACAGCUGGAUUUGGGAAAUAGUUUAUCAGAUGUGGUUGCGUGAGGCUUGGUGCUCAGGGAAUCAGUAGGCUAUUAAACAAACACUCAAACAGGCAACAGAAGUAGGAUGUGGCUUAUUUCUGGAGAUGUACCAGUCAAAAGUUUGGACACCUACUCAUUCAAGGGUUGUUCUUCAUUUUCUACAUUUGUAGAAUAACAGUGAAGACAUCAAAACUAUGAAAUAACACACAUGGAAUCAUGUAGUAACCAAAAAAGUGUUUUAUAUUUGAGAUUCUUCAAAUAGCCACCCUUUGCCUUGAUGACAGCUUUGGCAUUCUCCCAACCAGCUUCUUGAAGGAUUCCAACAUAUGCGGAGCACUAGUUGGCUGCUUUUCCUUCACUCUGCGGUCCAACUCAUCCCAAACCAUCUCAAUUUGGUUGAGGUUGGGUGAUUGUGGAGGCCAGGUCAUCUGAGUAGGCACUCCAUUACUCUCCUUCUUGGUCAAAUAGCCCUUACACAGCCUUGAGGCGUGUUGGGUCAUUGUCCUGUUGAACAACAAAUGAUAGUCCCACUAAGCGCAAACCAGAUGGAAUGGCGUAUCGCUGCAGAAUGCUGUGGUAGCCAUGCUGGUUAAGUGUGCCUUGAAUUCUAAAUAAAUCACAGACAGUGUCACCAGCAAAGCACCAUCACACCUCCUCCUCCAUGCUUCACGGUGGGAACCACACAUGUGGAGAUCAUCCGUUCACCUACUCUGCGUCUCACAAAGACACAGCGGUUGGAACCAAAAAUCUCCAAUUUGGACUCAUCAGACCAAAGGACAGAUUUCCACCGGUCUAAUGUCCAUUGCUCGUGUUUCUUGGCCCAAGCAAGUCUCUUCUUCAUAUUGGUUUCUUUGCACCAAUUCGACCACCAUGAAGGCCUGAUUCACGCAGUCUCCUCUGAACAGUUGCUGUUGUCUGUUACUUGAACUCUGUGAAGCAUUUAUUUGGGCUGCAAUAUGAGGUGCAGUUAACUCUAAUGAACGUAUCCUCUGCCACAGAGGUAACUCUGGGUCUUCCUUUCCUGUGGAGGUCCUCAUGAGAGCCAGUUUCAUCAUAGCUCAUGAUGGUUUUUGCGACUGUUCUUUAAAUUUUCCGUAUUGACUGACCUUCAUGUCUUAAAGUAAUGAUGGACUGUCGUUUCUCUUUGCUUAUUUGAGUUUUUCUUGCCAUAAUCUGGACUUGGUCUUUUACCAAAUAGGGCUAUCUUCUGUAUACCCCCCUACCUUGUCACAACACAACUGAUUGGCUCAAAUGCAUUAGGAAGGAAAGAAAUUCCACAAAUUAACUUUUAAGAAGGCACACCUGUUAAUUGAAAUGCAUUCCAGGUGACUACCUCAUGAAGCUGGUUGAGAAAAUGCCAAGUGUGUGCAAAGCUUUCAUCAAGGCAAAGGGUGGCUACUUUGAAGAAUCUCAUUGUUUUAACACUUUUUUUUUUGUUGGUUACUACAUGAUUCCAUAUGUGUCAUUUCAGAGUUUUGAUGUAUUCAAUAUUAUUCUACAAUGUAGAAAAUAGUACAAAUAAAGAAAAACCCUUCAAUGAGUAGGUGUGUCCAAACUUUUGACUGGUACUGUAUAUGGAUGAUUUAUAGUUAGGCUAUUGAUUAUAGACCUAAUUAAGUUUGUUUCCUCACUUUUCUUAGACAAUUAAGGCAAGUGCCGUUUUCUCGUCUCCCAACUCCGCUGCUGCUUGCUAUUAUGCACAUAGCAACAUGGUCUAGGAAAUGAGCCAAUAUCAGAACCAUGGACAGUGACCAAUAUCCAACGUGGGAGAAGGCCCAUUUGUUAUAAAAUAUAUAACUUUUCUUUGUUGCACCAUUGUUCUUACAUAAUAUAACCAUAUAUAAUUUCAGUCGCACGUCUUAGAGUGAUGGACUGUGACAUCCCCACGGCCUCCACAAUGGAUUAGUCCACUCAGACAGGCGCCAAUCAGGCAGGUGUCUUGUACACCAUUAAUUAUUUAAUUUUUUUGCUACUGCUCGACUAAAGCAGUCUCGGUCGACCAACAGCCUAUCAACCAAACAAUCGACCAGUUGACUAAAUGGGGUCAGCCCUAAUUGUGACUGAAUAACUAAGUUCUCAGAUGACAUACUUAUCUACUGGUCUCAUAAAGUCCCAGGCUCACCAGUCUUUUUGUGUAUAGUUUGGGAGAUUAACUGUUGACAUUUUAAAGAUGUAACUUUGUUUAGUGAAUCAAUCUGACAAUCCAAGUAUUUCACAUGCUAAUUACAGAAAGAAUGGGUGAAUUGUGGCGUUGGUACAUUUAAGAGCAUUAUGUUUUUAACGAAGGUGCAUUCUACUCUGGCUGCUAUACCUGUGUGUGUCCCUCCCUUGUACGCAGUGAUGACCUGUUCUCUCUGCCCCACUGCCCCGGCAAGACCCUGGUGAUCGGGGCAUCCUACGUAGCGCUGGAGUGCGGGGGUUUCCUGGCGGGCCUUGGCCUGGACGUGACAGUCAUGGUACGCUCCAUCCUGCUGAGGGGCUUCGACCAGGACAUGGCCAACCGUGCCGGCAAGCACAUGGAGGAGCAUGGCGUAAAGUUCCUCCGGAAGUACGUCCCUGUCAAGGUGAGCCAAUGUGACUUAUCUACUACCAGACCUGGGUUAAAAUAGUUUUUUGAAAUCUUUCGUUUUGCUUUAGCCUGCCUGAAAUGUCAGGUGGGUAGUGUGUGCACUGUUGGAACGUUUCUAUUGGUUCCAUUGCAACAGGUAAGCUCAAUCAAGCACAGCUAGUAUUUUAAAUUAUUUCAAAAAGUGUUUGUCUACUAGGACCUUGUAGGUUUCCUCAGCUGUUCAGGGCUUUUAUGACUCAUGGCUUGGAAAUGCCUGGUACUAAAUCGCUCUGUCAUCGGGGAAGUUGUGUAAUCUGUUGCUCUCUAUCUAAAGAGUCCUGUCAUCAGUUUAAGUCUAACCUUGAUUGCUGUUCGCCUGUGAAGGCAAACUAAAUUAGAAACCACGUGCUCUUUCAGAGAAAAAGAUUCCUUCAGUUCACCUGGCCAUUAUAGCGUUCGACAUUUUGUAACUAGAUAUAAAACGAAUUGUAUGCAAGAUAUUUGUAUUUGUGUGUGUGUGUGUGUGUGUGUGUGUGUGUCUCAGGUGGAGGAGCUGGAGGCAGGCACUCCUGGGAGGCUGAAGGUGACAGCCAAGAGCACGGAGGGAGACGAGACCAUCGAGGGAGAGUACAACACUGUACGUACGCAUCACCAUCCCCUUAACCCCCAAUAUCCCAUAGCUUAGGCGUCCCAAAGUCAAUCUAGCACUUAUAAAUGAAACCAAUAGUUAAGAGUUAAAUCCGCAACCAUAUUGCAUUAGGAAUUAACUCUGCAUGGUUGUCCGUCUUAGAGCAUUUGUCAUAACUAGAAUAUGUUUCGUCAGCGAAAUGGAGUAAUUCCUGCUUUAUUUGAAUGUUUUAAUGACACGCUACAGCUGGAGAAACGUCCUGUUAACCAGGUGACUUCCUUGUCCUCCCUCAGGUGUUGAUAGCCGUGGGGCGCGACGCCUGUACAGGAAAGAUCGGCCUGGAUCAAGCCGGGGUCAAAGUCAACCCCAAGUAAGUUUCCUUCCCUUUUAGUUUCUCUCCCUUAUUUCAUUCACCCAUUCGCGCUUGCAGCCGUCACCAAGGAGACGUAGACGUAGAGGGGGGGGGUUGUGUGUGCCUGUACCUUUUUAAGAAUCACCACAGUCAUGGUGACCUUUAAGAAUCACCACAGUCAUGGUGACCUUUAAGAAUCACCACAGUCAUGGUGAUUCAGCACUAUUGCCACCCUGAGCUCGGGGUCUGUGUGUGUGAUUCAUUAGUUUAUUUCAAUUAGGGGACGGGUGGUAGGGUUAGGGGAAAAUAAUAAAGGUAUGUGUACGUACAGUGCAGUGCAUUCUGAAAGUAUUCAGACCCCUUGACUUUUUCCACAUUUUGUUACAUUACAGCCUUAUUCUAAAAUGGAUAUAUAUAUAUUUUUUUUUUAUUCCUCAUCAAUCUACACACAACACCCAAUAAUGACAAAACAAAAACAGGUUUUUAUACAUUUUUGCAAAUGUAUUUAAAAUAAAACAGAUACUUUAUUUACAUAAGUAUUCAGACCCUUUGCUAUGAGACUCAAUUGAGCUUAGGUGCAUCCUGUUUUCAUUGAUCAUCCUUGAGAUGUUUCUACAACUUGAUUGGAGUCCACCUGUGGAAAAUAUAAAUUGAUUGGACAUGAUUUGGAAAGGCACGCACACACCUGUCUAUAUAAGGUCCCACAGUUGACAGUGCAUGUCAGAGCAAAAACCAUGCCAUGAGAUCAAAGGAAUUGUCUGUAGAGCUCCAAGACAGGAUUGUAUCGAGGCACAGAUCUGGGGAAGGGUACCAAAAUAUUUCUGCAGCGUUGAAGGUCCCCAAAAACACAGUGGCCUCCAUCAUUCUUAAAUGGAAGAAGUUUGGAACAACCAAGACUCUUCCUAGAGCUGGCCACCCAGCCAAACUGAGCAAUCGGGGGAGAAGGGCCUUGUCAGGGAGGUGACCAAGAACCCGAUGGUCACUCUGACAGAGCCCCAGAGUUCCUCUGUGGAGAUGGGAGAACCUUCCAGAAGGACAACCAUCUCUGCAGCACUCCACCAAUCAGACCUUUAUGGUAAUGUCCAGACGGAAGACACUCCUCAGUAAAAGGCACAUGACAGCCCGCUUGGAGUUUGCCAAAAGGCACCUAAAGACUCUCAGACCAUGAGAAACUAGAUUUAACUCUUUGGCCUGAAUGCCAAGCAUCACAUCUGGAGGAAACCUGGCACCAUCCCUACGGUGAAGCAUGAUGGUGGCAGCAUCAUGCUGUGGGGAUGUUUUUCAGCGGCAGGGACUGGGAGACUAGUCAGGAUCGAGGCAAAGAUGAACGGAGCAAAGUACAGAGAGAUCCUUGAUGAAAACCUGCUCCAGAGUGCUCAGGACCUCAGACUGGGGCGAAGGUUCACCUUCCAACAGGACAACGACCCUAAGCACACAGCCAAUACAACGCAGGAGUGGCUUCGGGACAAGUUUCUGAAUGUCCUUGAGUGGCCCAGCCAGAGCCUGGACUUGAACCCGAUCUAACAUCUGAAAAUAGCUGUGCAGCGAUGCUACCCUUCCAACCUGACAGAGCUUGAGAGGAACUGCAGAGAAGAAUGGGAGAAACUCCCCAAAUACAGGUGUGCGAAGCUUGUAGCGUCAUACCCAAGAAGACUCAAGGCUGUAAUCGCUGCCAAAGGUGCUUCAACAAAGUACUGACUAAAGGGUCUGAACACUUAUGUAAAUGUGAUAUUUCAGUUUUUUUUUUUUUUUAUAAGUGUGCAAAUCUGUCUAAACCCGUUUUUGCGUUCUCAUUAUGAGGUAUUGUGUGUAGAUUGAUGGGGGGGGGGGGGGGGGACAAUUUCAUCCGUUUUUGAAUAAGGCUGUAAUUUAACAAAAUAUGGAAAAAGACAAGGGGAAUGAAUUACAUUGAAUACUUUCCGAAUGCACUGUGUGUGUAUAUGUGGGGAUUGGAAAUGACGCAGACAAUUACAUUGAUAGAAGCCACAAUCGAUAUGCAAUAUUAAAGUUGAUCCACCCCCUAAAGAAAACAUAGUUUGAGCUUUGUAAGGAGAGAAACCCCCUUGUGCUGGGGUUGCAAAUAGCCUAGAAGUUAAGAAUGUUGGGCCAGUAACCGAAAGGUCGCAGGUUGAAAUCCCCGAGCCGACUAGGUGAAAAAUCUCUGUGCCCAUAAACAAGGCACUUACCCCUAAUUCCUCCGGUAAAUCACUCUGGAUAAGAGCGUAUGCUAAAUGACAAAAAUGUAAAUAUAAAAUGCUGUAACAUUAGGACCCGCCUGUAUCUAAAAACCUUGUGCUUCUUUACAAUCAUGUAAACUGGAUUGAGGACAACGUGUUUUUCAUGUUGUUCCUAACAUCGUGUUUGGUUAUGAAUGGGUCAGCCUUACAGAGUGCUUUAGGUCAUAGGGAUUAAGCAAUCGCAUGAGUGCGCCUCUGAGUCAGUCAUAUGACUGGGACCCUAUCAGCAUUUAACAUGGGGCUGACUGACUGACACACGGCUCAAGGUGCACCGGGGUUCCAGGGGCACCACGAGGUUGUAAUACAUGAGUGUAGGUUACGUGAGGGUAGGAGGGGUUAUUGACAAAAGCUAAUUGUCUGAUGAAUAACAGUGAAAUUGCUUGUUGUUUUAAUGUGACUUGAGAAGUUGUUCAUUGUGGCAUGACAUUCUCUUGUAUAGACACACACGCAUAUUCUCUCCAAACUCUCUAGACCUGGUCGGAAUUGUUUUGCAUGGUCAGAUAUCAGAUCAGAUUAUGCAAAUGCGUACAUACUGGUUUUUCUGGGAUCAAAAUGGGGCUUAGGUGGUUUUUAAAGCUAAUUUCAUACAAUUCUACACAUUCGCUGUUAUUCAUAAGACAAUUAUAUAUCUUUAUCUGGUUUUGGUCGUUUAAAUUGACACUGAAAACAUUUUACCAUUCCGUAAAUUAUUUCCAAAAAAUAUAAAUACUUUUGGGACUAAGGAAAAAUCACUUAGUCUAUGCAGAAAACUCUGGCACAGACGGUCUCAUCAUUUGCGCUACAUGCUAUAUCAUCGUCUGUAUACUUUUUCUCCGUAUUGGCCAUGACAAGAUCUUGGCCCCACUCUGUCAGUCAUUCAGUCCCAUUCUUCAUGGCUACGACCUUUGUCUGUCACUGUCAGAUAAAACCUAGACAUAUAUGGUAUUUUCUUUACUUAAAUAAUGCAUCAUAAAAAUUGUCCCCCCCCCCAACACAUCCUGUUAUUGGUUUACCCGUGAAAUCAUAGAACAGAGUUCUUUGUAUAGUGACAUUUCUCAAGCCAGGGAACUGCCCCUUUGUGGCUCCAUGGGGAUCUAAAAUUAGUCAGAUAAUUUCCCCUCGCUAAGCUUCCACUCUCUCAUUCUCCGCCUCCCCCAGGAACGGAAAGAUCCCGGUGAAUGAUGAGGAGCAGACUAACGUGCCGCACAUCUACGCCAUCGGAGACAUCCUGGAGGGCAAGUGGGAGCUGACGCCCGUGGCUAUCCAGGCUGGCAAGCUGCUGGCACGCCGGCUGUACACGGGCGCCUCGCUCAAGGUAAUUGUCGGACAUUUUCUAUUGGUAGACCAUGGCAGUUUGACAGUGUGACCCUUCGGCAGUGUGCCCCCCCCCCCCUUACUAUCUCUGUUGUGCCUCUGCUUUGAGGAGAUUAGCUUGUUGCUUUCAAAUGAAAAUAUGGAUGUUGGUUGUUGGUGUUAUGUGGUGGGGUCUUUGCUCCCUACCUAAAAUGUAUAAACUAGGAGAAACCCCUUACAGUAUUUCCCUUGCUUCUAUCAUCGUACUGUAGGAUGUUCUGCCUGGCAAACCUCCGAUGUGACACCACCUGGUACAGACGGUCAAUUGUCACACCCUCUUUGUUGUUAUUAUUAACUGCGGUUGAAUGUUGUCGUGUGCAGUGUGACUACGUGAAUGUUCCCACCACGGUGUUCACCCCUCUGGAGUAUGGCGCCUGUGGUCUGUCUGAGGAGAAAGCUAUCGAGCUGUACGGCCAAGACAACCUGGAGGUACACAUGCUCCACUUCCAGCCUAGUGGUAACAGGGCCUAAAAUGAACACCCUGCCAAAUGUGGGUAGAUUUUGGCAUUGGCGGGUAAGAAUGUCUAAUUCACCAUCCACAUUGGUGGGUGGUCACACUCAGGGUUCUACAGUGCGAGCAUUUAAUAAAAAUUGUCAAAAGUCAAGUAUGGCCACGUGAGUAGUGAUUUUAUAGAAAAAUAAAUGCUGCAGUAUUAGUUUUUGAAAUAUUUCUGCCGUUUUGUUUCAUAUUUGGUAAUGCACAAAGAAAUAAGAAUCCUAAUGUUAUAGCUAUCCCACCUCGCGCAGCAACACUGCCUGUCUGGGGGGCUGUGCACACUUGAAAGAUUUUGUUUUUAGAAGCAAUGUGCAUAAAAGUUGGUCUAACUUGUGUACUAAAUUGAGAUUUUCCUUGUGUUUCUUGGCUAUUUAUACUGAACAAAAAUAUAAGCGCAACAUUACAUUUUACAUUUUUGUCAAUUAGCAGACACUCUUAUCCAGAGCGACUUACAGUUAGUGAGUGCAUACAUUAUUUUUUUUAUUUUGUCAUACUGGCCCCCCGUGGGAAUCGAACCCACAACCCAGGAAUUGCAAACGCCAUGCUCUACCAACUGAGCUACAUCCCUGCUGGCCAUUCCCUCCCCUACCCUGGACGACGCUGGGCCAAUUGUGCGCCGCCCCAUCAACAUGCAACAAUUUCAAAGAUCUUACUGACUUCAAGUUCGGAUAAGGAAAUCAAUCAAUUGAAAUAAAUAAAUUAGGCCCUAAUCUAUGGAUUUCACAUGACUGGGCAGGGGUGCAGCCACGGGUGGGCCUGGGAGGGCAUAGGCCCACCCAAUCAGAAUUAGUUUUUCCCCACAAAAGGGAUUUAUUACAGACAGAAAUACUCCUCAGUUUCAUCAGCUGUCCGGGUGGCUGUUCUGACGAUCCUGCAGGUGAAGAAGCAGCAUGUGGAGUUCCUGGGCUGGUGUGGUUACACGUGGUUUGCGGUUGUGAGGCCGGUUGGACGUACUGCCAAAUCCUCUAAAAUGAUGUUGGAGGCGGCUUAUGGUAGAGAAAUGAACAUUCAAUUCUCUGGCACGCUCUCUCAACUUGAGACAUCUGUGGCGUUGUGACAAAACUGCACAUCUUUUGUGGCCUUUUAUUGUCCCCAGCACAAGGUGCACCUGUGUAAUGAUCAUGCUCUUUAAUCAGCUUCUUGAUAUGCCACACCUGUCAGGUGGAUGGGUUAUCUUGGCAAAGGAUACAUGCUCACUAGCAGGGAUGUAAACAAAUUUGUGGCGAAAAUUUGAGAGAAACAAGCUUUUUGUGCGUAUGGAACAUUUGAUGGGAUCUUUUAUUUAAUCUCAUGAAACAUGGGACCAACACUUUUACAUGUUGCGUUUUAUAUUUUUAUUCAGUAUACGUUGUUAUGUUCACAGGCUACAUUGCUUUUCAAUGUUUUUGGAGUUUGCUUCCACUGCUAGCAAAGAGACAUUUUUGGCCUCUACUAUUGAGAUUCCUCACAGGCAUGCCUCGUUACCUAGGUAACCUUAAAGGGGCAGCUGAAUUGGUAUUAUCUGUGAUGUUCUGGUUAAAAGACUCAGGUCACAUAAUAUUAAAUUGAGCAAUAUACCACAUUAUUUCUUACUAGUAAUACAUUUCUUGUUUUAGAAAGAUUAGUAAGCGUGUUAAUUUUUUGUAUUAUAUAUUUAUUUUGUAAUUAUGGCAGCAACCAGAAAUUGUCUGGUAAAAGAAUCUGAGGGACUGGUAGAUUUUUUUUUUUUUUUUACAACUACCUGCCACAGUGGCUGGUAGCCAAAGUUAGUUUUAGGCCCUGAUUGGUACUUCAGCCACAUCACACACACUCGCAGCCCACUGGCACUGAAGAAUACAUAUCGGACCGAUAUCAACUGACAUUUUGUCUCUGCUCGCAUAUGCACUCUAGCUAGCAUUCCAGUUGAAAUGUGGACACUGGAACAAAGCCUUCGACUCGCCAGCUAAAAUGGCCUACUAUUAUUUGACAGUGGAAAACCAUAACUUGUGUGAUUCUGUGUGUUCACUUAUGGUUUCUGCUUCUUCUUUCAUAUUUUCUAACUGAUACCUAACAGAAAUGUUUUUAGUAUUAAUAAAAUGCAUGUUAUUCUGCCUUUACGGUAUGUGUAUUUAAUGUCCUUGUUAACUGUGUAGGUGUACCACAGUCUCUUCUGGCCUCUGGAGUUCACCAUCCCCAACAGGGACAACAACAAGUGCUACUCCAAGAUCAUCUGCAAUAAACUGGACAAUGUAAGAACCCCCCUCUUUUCAAACUUACCUGACUACCUGUUUAAUUCAUAGGUACAGCAAUUAUUGUCACCUAUUUUGCCAUAUAGAGUUCAGACCUUCUCACAUUGAAAACGGAGAAUGUGCGGGAGCCAGAGAAAUUACAUGGGAACAAAAGGCUUCCACCCUUGUCUCUGGUCAAGAGGCUAUGUGAACCCAUUGUCACUUUGACACCAAAUUCAAUAGCCAUAUUGAAGAAGAAUACACGUUCCUACAUGCGGGGUCUGGCUAACAUAACAAAAUGGUAGAUUACCGAUACACUUGAUCUAUCAGACCCCGUAACACCGCUCUCUCUCUCUCCCUGCAGGACCGUGUGAUCGGGUUCCAUUACCUGGGGCCCAACGCGGGAGAGGUGACGCAGGGCUACGGCGUGGCCAUGAAGUGUGGCCUGACCAAAGAGCAUCUUGACAACACCAUCGGCAUACACCCCACCUGCGCUGAGGUAAGACUGAUCCCAGACCAGCUGCAGGCCGCAUUUCAUUUUAGUUGCUCCCUUCUUUUUGCCCCCACUACCAUUGGCGUUGGAAGCACCAUGCUCUACCUAGGUGGAUAGAUGGCGUACGUCCUAUCUUUCCCAUGAAUUGCUUCUGUGACUGCCUCUGAUAGACAUCCCCCCCCCCCAAAAAAAAACAACAACAUGGUGGCAGGUAUAAUAAGUCCCUCCACAGUGCAAAAAAAGUGGUUUCAUACUCCGAGCACUGUCUGAUUAGCUAAGUUGAUAUGGCAGUGAGCCACGACAGAUUUUUAGACAAAUUAGAACCUCUCAAAUCAAGAAUUGAAGAAGUAUUGUCAACUGAAGGCUGAAAAACAAACCACUGUAACAGGUGACCGUUAGUACCAUAGGUCAGGGGUUCUCAAAUUCAUCAGGGAUCCCCUCAUCAGAACACAACUCGAGUUGGAUAGAAAAUUGCAUACAAUACGUUUUAUGACUUUGACAGUGCAUGGCUGGACAAACCAAGUCUUGGGCCCAGGGAAGGAACCUUUUUUUAAAGGCCUGCCUCUUGGCAUCGUAGAGAAAAUGUAACAGUUGUCAUGCUAAUUUCCUGCAAUUCUACAAAGUAUUUCAAGAGGCGGAGAGAAAACGUUGCAGUUUUAAAGCAGAAAUUACAGUUAAUUUAUGAAGGGGAAAAAAAUGGGUAAUGGAAGUAUUGAGUUGAAAUAUUGAUAAUUGGUGCUGUGGAUACCAUAACCCAGUGAGCCUCCAGGCCCAUGUUUCCCAGGGUUAAGAACAUACACUACAAUUUUUUAACAUCAAAUUGAUCAGAAAUAUGGUGUAGACAUUGUUAAUGUUGUAAAUGGCUAUUGUAGCUGGUAACGGCUGAUUUUUAACGGGAUAUCUACAUUGGUGUACAGAGGCCUAUUUAUCAGCAACCAUCAGUCCUGUGUUCCAAUGGCACGUUGUUUGCUAAUCCAACUAUCAUUUUAAAAGGCUAAUUGAUCAUUAGCCUCCUGAGUGGCGCAGUGGUCUAAGGCGCCGCAUCGCAGUGCUAACUGUGCCACUAGAGAUCCUGGUUCGAAUCCAGGCUCUGUCGCAGCCGGCCGCGACCGGGAGACUCAUGGGCGGCGCACAAUUGGCCCAGCGUCGUCCAGGGUAGGGGAGGGAAUGGCCGGCAGGGAUGUAGCUCAGUUGAUAGAGCAUGGCGUUUGCAACGCCAGGGUUGUGGGUUCGAUUCCCACGGGGGGCCAGUAUAAAAAAAAAAAAUGUAUUCACUAACUGUAAGUCGCUCUGGAUAAGAGCGUCUGCUAAAUGACUAAAAUGUAAAAAUUUAAAACCCUUUUGCAAUUGUUAGCACAGCUGAAAACUGUUGUGCUGAUUAAAGAAGCAAUAAAACUGGCCUUCUUGAGACUAGUUGAGUAUCUGGAGCUUCAGCAAUUGUGGGUUCGAUUACAGGCUCAAAAUAGCCAGAAACAAAUAACUUUCUUCUGAAACUCGUCAGUCUUUGAUCUAUUUUAUUUUAAUGGACAAAAAAAUUGCUUUUCUUUCGAAAACAAGGAAAUGUCUAAGUGACCCCAAACUUUUGAACGGUAGUAUACACUGUAGAUUAAUAAUAUUACAUUGCAUUGUGUUACACCCUCAACUUAUUUCACAGAUUCCUUGGCCAAAAUCCAUUUAAUCUUUUUAGUAAUAUUUGUAAAGAAUAACGAAAAUACAUAUAUUUUGAGAUCUGGCUGCGGGCCCUCUGCAGUACUUUGUCCGCGGACCCCACUGAGAACCCCUGUCAUAGGUAACUACAUAAUGUUCAAGGCGAAUGCCAUCAGUCUUUCGUGGCAAGUGCACCCUCUAUCCAUCUCUAUGGUUGGAGCUUUGCUCGCUUGGCUUUGACCAUAAAAAAUAAUAUUGCGAACGAGUCAUGCCACCUCGCUACGAUGCAGAGCUCAACGGGCUUUCUCCUCCCUCUCUUCCAGAUCUUCACCACCAUGGAGGUGACCAAGAGCUCGGGCGGUGACAUCACCCAGACGGGCUGCUGAGGUUAAACCCUGCUCGUUUAACGGGCUGUCCUGUUCUCCAUCUUAGAUCUCUCGCCUCGUAGCUCUGCGCCAACCUGGCCCCCUCUCAAAUUCUACACCCAAGACCAAUCGCUUCUCAGGAAAAACCAAUAAGUUGAUCUGAAACCGGGGGGGGGUCUGAACGGAUGAAACCACUCAUUUGGGAUUAGGGGGUGGGUGGGGAAACAGUGGGUCCGUAUAAUACUGUCUGAAAGAUUGAGCCAAUAAAUGCACUGAGGGGGCCUGUAGGGUGGACAUACAAGGCAACAUAAUAUGAGGUGAGUUACUAUCUAUGGGACAGCCUGCUAGAUAGCGGGGAUACUUGGCUGCUUUCACAAGGCACCCUGUGUGUCUUUCUCAGAGGUGCACCACCCCUCUCUAGGGAUGGAUGAGUGCUGUUUGACGUCCUGGCCCUUAACCCAGUCACUGUGGUGGGCUAGGACCGAUGUCCCUCUGUCCAAAGGCACAAGGGGUGAACCGAACCCUUCGUCCAACUUAAACACCCAUAUAUAUAUAUAUAUAUAUAUAUAUAUAUAUAUAUAUAUGUGUGUGUAUAUGUAUAUGUAUAUAUGUAUAUGUAUAUUAUACACACACACACAUACAGUGGGGGAAAAAAAGCAUUUAGUCAGCCACCAAUUGUGCAAGUUCUCCCACUUAAAAAGAUGAGAGAGGCCUGUAAUUUUCAUCAUAGGUACACGUCAACUAUGACAGACAAAAUGAGAAGAAAAAAAUCCAGAAAAUCACAUUGUAGGAUUUUUAAUUAAUUAAUUUGCAAAUUAUGGUGGAAAAUAAAUAAGUAUUUGGUCAAUAACAAAAGUUUCUCAAUACUUUGUUAUAUACCCUUUGUUGGCAAUGACACAGGUCAAACGUUUUCUGUAAGUCUUCACAAGGUUUUCACACACUGUUGCUGGUAUUUUGGCCCAUUCCUCCAUGCAGAUCUCCUCUAGAGCAGUGAUGUUUUGGGGCUGUCGCUGGGCAACACGGACUUUCAACUCCCUCCAAAGAUUUUCUAUGGGGUUGAGAUCUGGAGACUGGCUAGGCCACUCCAGGACCUUGAAAUGCUUCUUACAAAGCCACUCCUUCGUUGCCCGGGCGGUGUGUUUGGGAUCAUUGUCAUGCUGAAAGACCCAGCCACGUUUCAUCUUCAAUGCCCUUGCUGAUGGAAGGAGGUUUUCACUCAAAAUCUCACGAUACAUGGCCCCAUUCAUUCUUUCCUUUACACGGAUCAGUCGUCCUGGUCCCUUUGCAGAAAAACAGCCCCAAAGCAUGAUGUUUCCACCCCCAUGCUUCACAGUAGGGUAUGGUGUUCUUUGGAUGCAACUCAGCAUUCUUUGUCCUCCAAACAUGACAAGUUGAGUUUUUACCAAAAAGUUAUAUUUUGGUUUCAUCUGACCAUAUGACAUUCUCCCAAUCCUCUUCUGGAUCAUCCAAAUGCACUCUAGCAAACAACAGACGGGCCUGGACAUGUACUGGCUUAAGCAGGGGGACACGUCUGGCACUGCAGGAUUUGAGUCCCUGGCGGCGUAGUGUGUUACUGAUGGUAGGCUUUGUUACUUUGGUCCCAGCUCUCUGCAGGUCAUUCACUAGGUCCCCCCGUGUGCUUCUGGGAUUUUUGCUCACCGUUCUUGGAAUCAUUUUGACCCCACGGGGUGAGAUCGUGCGUGGAGCCCCAGAUCGAGGGAGAUUAUCAGUAUGUCUUCCAUUUCCUAAUAAUUGCUCCCACAGUUGAUUUAUUCAAACCAAGCUGCUUACCUAUUGCAGAUUCAGUCUUCCCAGCCUGGUGCAGCUCUACAAUUUUGUUUCUGGUGUCCUUUGACAGCUCUUUGGUCUUGGCCAUAGUGGAGUUUGGAGUGUGACUGUUUGAGGUUGUGGACAGGUGUCUUUUAUACUGAUAACAAGUUCAAACAGGUGCCAUUAAUACAGGUAACGAGUGGAGGACAGAGGAGCCUCUUAAAUAAGUUGUUACAGGUCUGUGAGAGCCAGAAAUCUUGCUUGUUUGUAGGUGACCAAAAUACUUAUUUUCCAGCAUAAUUUGCAAAUAAUUUCAUUAAAAAUCCUACAAUGUGAUUUUCUGGAGAGAAAAAAUUCUACAUUUGUCUGUCAUAGUUGACGUGUACCUAUGAUGAAAAUUACAGGCGCCUCAUCUUUUUAAGUGGGAGAACUUGCACAAUUGGUGGCUAAAUACUUUUUUUCCCCACUGUACAUACAUACAUACAUACAUACAUACAUACAUACAUACAUACGAAGACUCCUGUAGUAUGUUAACAGCUGGCACACAGCCAGGGUUUGACUGAAUAUAAAUAAAUAAUUAUCUGAUCCAAUGUGUGGUGGAAACGCCUGGUCAUUUUUACUCUGUAGAAGUGAAAUAUUAUGUCCUAAAAUAUGUUUAUUUUGUCUCUUCUCUGGCAAGCCAUCAACAUUCCAGGCAUUUUUUAAUAAUAAUUAUUUCUCGUCAGAAGUGUAUAUUAUCCGAUAUCUCAGAUAUGGAAAAUGAAAAAUUGAGUUUGUGAGGCAAUGGAUAUGUUUUUGUUUUUAUCAGUAUUUCUCAUGGUGUCGUCCUUGCCGUUUCUCCACAUCGGGGUCGUCGGCCUCAGAUUAAAGACGACUCCCAGUUCCAACUUCUACCAAAGUGUUAACCAAAAAGGUGCAUGUUGGAGAAGUCAAAAGAGAGCCUCUGAACCAUCAUUCAAAUAUCUGGUAUAGCCUGCUUCAGAAAACACUGUUAGUAAUUCUAAUGAAUGAAUGAAUACAUAAAACACAAAUUGUACUGAAUGUAAAAAAUAGUAAUAUAUACUUUCAAAGUUUUCAGUGGAUAAUUAAAUGACUGCUUCUUUGUAUCAGUUUGAUCUUGCUGUUUCGUUUGCCUCUGCGUUGUGUGUAUGUAAAAUGUAUCCAAUCUGGUAGAGGACAGUAUUUUAAGAGUUCCUAUCUGACUACUGUUGAGCAGGGACACCGGUCAAAAUGUAUAAAUGACUGCUUCACUGGUAUCACCACUUUUGUAGAUUACUUUUAUUAAAGUCUUGAAAGACAACGUCAACAUG